AAAGGAGCCUGGCGGUCCGUGCGUCCGUCCGCACGCCCGUGUGCCUGCUGUGCUCCGGCUGCUGUCUGCAGCCCCGUCCAGGGUUCCGUUCACGUGAAAGAGGCGUAGCAGGGUGUAAACUUAAGACUCUUUUCGUGCGGGCCCCCCGGCUUUGUCAUUGCGCGGGCCCCGGUUGUUAACAAUGAGUCUGCGGAAACAAACCCCUAGUGACUUUUUAAAGCAGAUCAUCGGACGGCCAGUUGUGGUGAAACUCAACUCUGGAGUGGAUUAUCGAGGGGUCCUGGCCUGCCUGGAUGGCUACAUGAAUAUAGCGCUGGAACAGACGGAGGAGUACGUAAACGGGCAGCUGAAGAAUAAGUACGGCGAUGCGUUCAUCCGAGGAAACAAUGUGCUAUACAUAAGUACACAGAAGAGACGGAUGUGAAGACACCAGGAGCAGCUCUUCAGAGUGCGUGGGUUUUAUUAUCAAGUGUUGGUUUUGGUUUUUGUUCUUUUACUGUCUUAGUUGGCCUGUUUCCACAGUGGUUGGUGUGUUUUGCUGUUCUCUUUAAUUGACCUUGAAAUAAGAUAGCGAUGUUACAUUACAGAUUGAAUCCUUAACUUUUCAUGUUUACAUUUACUUCUGUCUGUACAGAAUGCUACAAUUAAAACAAUUCAUUUCUCCUGGA